ACUUCUUCUUCUUUUUUUUUUUUUUGAAAGGUGGCUAUCAUCCAGUGAAAAUUGGAGAUCUUUUCAAUGGCCGGUAUCAUGUAAUUAGGAAGCUAGGAUGGGGACACUUCUCUACAGUUUGGCUAUGCUGGGAUAUGCAGGGGAAGAGGUUUGUUGCAAUGAAAGUUGUAAAAAGUGCCCAGCAUUAUACAGAGACAGCCUUGGAUGAAAUUAAGUUGCUCAGAUGUGUUCGUGAAAGUGAUCCUAACGAUCCAAACAAAGACAUGGUUGUACAGUUAAUUGAUGACUUCAAAAUUUCAGGGAUGAAUGGAAUACAUGUCUGUAUGGUCUUUGAAGUUCUUGGACAUCAUCUCUUAAAAUGGAUAAUCAAAUCCAACUAUCAAGGACUUCCUAUCCGUUGCGUAAAAAGUAUAAUUCGACAGGUAAGAUUUGCUAAUGUUUUAAUUUUUUUCUACAGUGUUGCUUUACUUUAAUGUUAAUGUGUUGAU